GAGAAGAGCGCAAGGCAGUUUCGAGUAGGGAUUAGCAAUGGACGUGAGAAAUUCCGGGAGAACCAUGUGACACGAAUACGAAAAAGGGCUUCCAGACCGUCAAUGUGACAGAAAUGUUUUCUGCCAUCGCGACUAGCCAACUCCACUGCGGAGCCGUAACGAGCACAACUCGAGAUCACCGAGCAACGAUAUAGGCGAAGCGCGUCAAAAAUGAGCGCGAGAUGGCCAGUCCGCCACCGAACCCUAACGAAGGCGCGGAGGGCUCCGAGUUCGCGGAGGAGCCGAGCGGGGAACGCGCGACCACCCCGCCGAAGACGUUCGUAGCACCGCCCGCGUCGCAGCUGCCCACCAAGCUGCAGUACGUGGCGUUGGGCGCGCCUGGCCCCAGCGGGGCGAUCAAACAGUGCUUCCGCACGGUGAAGGCGGCGCGUAGAGUGCCAACCCUGCCACGCAAGCCGCGCCCCGAAGAGACCCCCGGCCCAAGUAUUGAGCCGCCACCGCCCGUUCCCGAGCGCCGGCUUCGCCGCGACCGCUCUAAGCGGCACCAAUGCACCACCUGCGACAAGCGCUUCUCCAGCCCCGGCAAACUCAGUCAACACGUUCUCUCGCACACUGGUGAGCUCCCCUUCUCUUGCAAUUUAUGUGAUAAACGAUUCAAUUCCAAAUUUAAACUUGUCCGGCACAAUCUAAUACAUAGUGAACAGCGAGCCUUUGCUUGCUCUGUAUGUGGAAAGACUUUCAACCGAAAAGAUCAUUUGACUAAUCAUGUUAGAGUGCACAGCCCUGUAAAGAAGCGAUACACUUGUGAGAGGCCAGACUGUAAGAAAUCAUAUACAUCAUUGUUAAGUUACCGUAAGCAUGCAGCUUUACACUCAGCUGAGGAAGGAAAUCUACAGUGUAAGAUUUGCGAUGAAACAUUUACGAAUCGCCAAGAAAUAGUGUACCAUCUCAAAGUCCACACAGGAAGCCGAACAGUAAAGAAUGAGACAGAUAAAAAGUUUACUUGUGAUUAUUGUGAUAGGAGGUUCUUCACUGCAAAGGAUGUUCGGCGGCAUCUGGUCGUACACACGGGUAGACGAGAUUUUUUAUGUCAAUUCUGUCCACAGAAGUUUGGACGUAAAGAUCAUUUGGUGCGGCAUGUUAAAAAUGCUCACCCAGAUGAAUCGUGGAAGUCGGCGGCAGUAGGAACAUCCAAAGAUCCACCACCUGAAACCACUUCUUUUGAGGAAACUUUUCCAGAAUUUCCUCCUAUGGAACAUGCAGAAUAUGGAGUAGAAGAUAUAUGGAAGUCUCCCACCCACAAAGAGAGUACUUCAGAAGAUCCCACCCGAGUACCUUCCUCAGAUAUUAUUGUAGAAAUGCCAGGCGAUCUGGACAUAAAAGUGGAACCAUUAGAAAUAAAAUUGGAAGAGCCGACAUCGCCCACUUGCGAGGUGCUGGAAUAUCCAGUAGUACUCCAGUAUAUGGUCCCUCCAUACCAACAAACGCCGUCCGACUUGCCGUUUAUUAACCCACCACUGAGUGAUUCACUGAGUGAUCCACUAGAGGCACAUUUAUUGGAUCCGUCGAAUGUGCAAUCGCUUCUAAUGGACCCAGGAGAAGGUCCGUCAGGGCUAUCCAGUCAAAUGUUGGAAUUGUUGGAAGAGGAGCCGCCGCCGGCGUAUGCGGGCGAAGAAGGCCGCGUUGUACUUCAACAACGAUUGCCGGCAUUUACGCAGGCCUUCCAAACGGCACCUCGCGCGCAAAGUCCUAAGCCACCCCCGCCGCCGCCCCCACCUCACUAGCACACCCUUUGCUGCCAUCAUCAGCGAGAGACUCCUGCAUUUAGCUUACGUCAACACCAAACUACCUCACUAAGUAAGGUGGUCUAAGCUGUAAUAUAGUCGAAAUGGAGAAGUAGUAAUCAAUUUGUACUAUUAAAGGACUUCAAUAUAUUGACUGUUAUUAGGUAUGGAAGCUGAGGGCAUGCGCCCUAGGGUUUAAUUGCCAAAUUGUAUAUUUGUACGUCUCAGGUGGUAUACCAAAAUGUUUCCGAAUUCUACAUGAAUAUGUGAUCUAGUCGUGUAUGUACUUUCGGAAUGUUAUUUUUAAUUUAUAGCGUACAUGUAUGACAUUAAUGGAGUAUAAAUGGGACCAACUCUGUGAGCUGUUAGAAGGAUAGUGCGUAGUUCAUGAUGCGGUCACUCAGGAUGACACUAGUUCUGUGGGCAAUGCAAUGAUUGAGCAGAAUUUGUGAAGGUAUAUAGCUCUUUAAAGCAGUAGGCUAUUAUAAUAUGUUUUAGAGAGGCGUGCUGCUUUUCCACGCGAAAUUGUAAUAC